AGACAUUUUUGACUGUGACAUAAUUCAAUUUGUCUUAACUUAACAAAAUUAUAAUAAUGACUUAAAUAAUCAUUGUUGAGUAUUCCAAUAUGUGUGAAUGAAUAAUGCAUUCAACAAUAGUUGAAAAAGGAUUUUUUAAUUCAAAAUUCAGCACUCUAAUAUCUUUCAACUAUUAAUAAGAACACAUAGAGUGUAUUUUGAGAAUGGAAAGUAUCCCUGAUCAUGUAUUGCAAAAAAUAUUUGAAAAAAUUAAUCCAUUACAAGAAUUAAGGCUUCGUGUAGUUUCAAAAAUUUGGGGUGAUAGCAUUGAAUGUAGAUUUAAAAACUUGGAGAUAUGGCAAAAGCUGUGUCGUGAUGAUGAUGAAAUAAAGCCAUGGAUAUUCAAGAUUGUAGAGAAAAGAUUUCCACAAGCAAAAAAAAAUUGGAAUGUUCCACUGUAUCAAAAAGCUUGGAAAAAAAUAUUCUUUUCUUACAAAAAGUGGCGAAUGAUCAAGAGCUUUUCAUAUUUACAUUUUAAACUUCACGUCAUAGGAUUCAUGUCUAGAGACAAGAUUGAAUGCAUAGAUGUCUGGGCAAAUUAUGUAGCUGUUGGUACGAGUAAUGGAAAGGUACUUAUCUACAAAAAUAAUGCAGGAUUUCAACCGCAUUUUGAAGGGAAAUAUCCACUCCAAUCAAUUAUAAAAAUAAAACUAUGGUACACUGAAACAAAAAACUUGAUUGCUGUAAUUCAGUUGUAUAAAUUAAUGGGAUAUACACACUUGAAAUAUUGGGAUGUAAAAAAUUACACACGAAUUCCAAAUCCAUUUAAAGAUGAAUAUGUAGAAAAUUAUACAUGCAAUGAUCAUAGACUCUUCAUAGCCACCUCUCAGAUAAUUUACGAAUUAGAAUGGAAUAAAGGUCAACUAACUAUGGGUCAAUCGAUUGAAUUCAUUGAUUUAUUAGAAACAGUAUCUAAAAAAUUGAAGAUUCUUGAAAUGUGUGCUGAUCCGAGAAAGCUGUCUGUUACGGUUAAUAAUGAUGAGAAUAUUGCUAGAGUGAUCAUUUUGAAACUUCCAAGUGCUAAUAGAAGGCGAUUUUCAAUGAUAGACCAUAGUCAGAGUAUUGAUUUAUUGGGUCCCAUUGAAAAUAUUACCUGUUAUACACCACUUCCUGGCAUUGCAACGUUUAGAAAUAAUGUACUAAUGAGUGUUAAUUUAUCGUACGAAUCCUUAGAAAUAGUUUCAAGUUCUGUUUUAGAUUUAAGUAGAGGUUCAUCUUUUAUAUCUAAAUUAAACAUUUCCUCAAUAUUUUUGCAUUGUAAUAUUUUAUUUUUGGGCUUGAAAACUGGUAAUUAG